CGCUGCCGUUUCCUCGGUGACGGCGGUGCUAACGCGGAAAUAACAACGUGUUCAAAACUUUGCGCAGUUUUGUCUCCUGACGCUGGAGUUUACGCACGAAUCAGCGCGUUAAGUGACGCAGGUUUCCCUGACGCCCAGACAUCAUCAUCUUCAUCAUCUUCUUCAUCUUCUUCAUCUUCUUCAUCUUCACCUCAUGGAGCCGGAGCCGGAGGAAGCUGAAUCCUCGCCCUCUCGCGUAGGCCAAACCGAGGUCGUCAACUCAAUCCGUGAGCGUUCCAUCGCAGAGAACAGCAUGGUGGUCCUGCUGCAGGGCCUCCAGGGCGAGGUGACCACCGUGGACAUGAGGAACGAGAGCACAGCGCGGGGACGCCUGGUCAACGUGGACGCCUACAUGAACGUGCGACUGGAGGAGGUGUUGUACCGGGACCGGCGCGGUCAACUCACACAGCUGCAGGACCUGUUCGUCACGGGCAGGAACGUCCGCUACGUGCACAUCCCAGACCACGUGGACAUCAUGAAGACGAUACAGAGUCAGCUGACCAAGAUCCACAGGGUGCGCAACUUCGGAGGUGAAGGAGGAGGCAAGAAGGAGUUUGCCAAGAAAAAGAAAUAGACGAAACCUCUGCAGGGUUAAGAGAAGAGAGAUACGUGGAGGUUACAGGUGGUUCUUUGUGUUUUCCAGAUUUGAGUCCACACAUCAAUCGGUUUUUCUAACUUUUAUUUAAUGUUUUGUUGUGAAAUUGGGGAUUUGUUCACCUCCUCAGAUCCUUAAAGCCUUAAAAUGAAACAAUCUGACAAAGAGAACAAACCUCAUUAUGGUACAACUGCUCCCAAAGUGUAUAUUAAUGUCAUGCUGCUUUUCCAGGUGCAGGUCAGGUUAAGUUAAGUUUUAUUUCUCAUUAGGAAUCCUCUUUAGGCUAUAUACAGCCAGGAGGGACACAAAAGUGACAUUAUACUUAACAAUUUCAAGCGAUAUCCUCUCAUACUUUAAAGGAUGUCGCUGAAACAGGUGUUAAACUUAGUUAUGUUAUAUUUAAAAUUCUUAAAUUUAAAACCUGAUCAUAUGACAAUGUACAGUUUGAGUUGAACUUUGUUUUUUUAUUUUGGUGAUUAUGUCUCAUUGGUCAUUUACCUACAGACAGUUGUUUUGACAUUGUAAAUAAAGAUGCUCAUCAAUC